CUCUGCUCGUCCAUCCGCCGCGGGAGCUCAGCUCGGCCCUCUGCUCGGCCGGGCGCGGGUGCCAACGGGAAGCCGGCCUUAAAAAACCCAGCUUGCCAAGCUUAUCACAUCUCCGGCCGCUCUCCGCUCGCCCCUCUUGCUACUUAAACAAACAGAUCGGCCUCCCGGAGCGCAGCUCUUGCGAUCCUCAAGGGCCAGCCCACCCGCACGCGACCCGAAGCCAGGAAUCGCUUCCCACCCGGCGGCCACCACCAGCACCAGUGCUCUCUCCCUGUCGGCAAAUCCGGCCUCCCUCCCGCCCGCUCGCAAUCCCCCCUCCCUCGAAAGGGCUUCGCUUGGCUUCGCUCGCUCCGCCAAAUCAGUUCCGUCUCUUGCUGAGGCAGCCGGCGGGGCGGUGCGCGAUUGAGAGCGAGGGGAGGGCAAAUGCUGGUCCGGGUGGGAGCGGAGCGGUCGUCGGCGGCGAACGCGCGGGAUUCCCUUGUCCCCUGGCGGUCUGGCGAGAUAGUGGGCGUCCGAGCUGGAGCACCUGAGAUGUUGCUUCUGCUCGUUCGCCUGGGUUGAUCUCGGCCGAAAGCUCUCGGGUUUUUGUUUUUGUUUUCGGAAAGGGAGGGAGCGGGGCGGCGGCCCUUUUGGUCUCUGAUUAUUGCUUCCCCCGCCGAUUCGAUUCCUCGCCUGGGUCCUCUCUUCGACCGGAUCCUUUGCCUCCUUGUCCGGGCAUUCGUGCUCCGCUCCUUGGGUCUGUAAAUUGUUUGCUGAAUCCCAAAUCCUCAGAGGUUUUGGUGGAGAUUUGUGUAAGGGGGCGAGUGGGCGGUGAAAGAUCAAAUCUUGGAGGGGGCGAGGCUGGUUCGUGAUCCGGGCGCGCGGGGAUGGUGUCGAGAUCCUACUCCAACCUCCUGGAGCUCGCCUCCGGGGGCGGUGGCGGCGGGGAGCCGCUGCCGUCGCUGGGGCGCCGCCGGGUGCCGCGCGUCGUCACGGCGUCCGGCAUUGUGCCGGGCCUCGACGCCUCCGACGACGACGACGACGACGACGCCGCCGACGCCGCCUCCGCGGCCUCCGACCACUCCUCCCACGCACCGCGUGAGCGCGUCAUCAUCGUCGCCAACCAGCUCCCCGUGCGCGCCGCGCGCCGCCCGGGCGGCGCCGGGUGGGACUUCGCGUGGGACGAGGACAGCCUCCUGCUGCAGGUCAAGGACAGCCUCCGCGCGCACCACGGCCGCGGGGACGUCGAGUUCGUCUACGUCGGCGGCCUCCGCGACGACGUGCCCCCCGCCGAACACGACCAGGUCGCGCACGAGCUCCUCGAGGGAUUCCGCUGCGUGCCCACCUUCCUGCCCGCCGACCUCCGCUCCAGGUUCUACCACGGCUUCUGUAAGCAGCAGCUCUGGCCACUGUUCCAUUACAUGCUGCCACUGUCGCCGGAGCUCGGCGGACGCUUCGACCGCCUGCUCUGGCAGGCCUACGUCUCCGUCAACAAGAUCUUCGCGGACAAGAUCCUGGAGGUGAUCAGCCCCGACGAGGACUUUGUGUGGGUGCACGAUUACCACCUCAUGGUGCUGCCCACAUUCCUGCGAAAGCGAUUCAACCGGGUCAAGCUCGGCUUCUUCCUGCACAGUCCGUUCCCCUCGUCGGAGAUCUACAAGACCCUGCCUGUGCGCGAGGAGCUGCUCCGGUCGCUGCUGAAUGCCGAUCUGAUUGGGUUCCACACCUUUGAUUAUGCCAGACACUUCUUGUCAUGCUGCAGCAGGAUGCUCGGGCUGAAGUACGAGUCGCAGAGGGGCUACAUUGCACUGGAGUACUAUGGACGAACAGUCACAAUCAAGAUCUUGCCAGUGGGGGUUCACUUGGAGCAGUUACAGUCAGUCCUUAAUCUCCGAGAGACUGCAGUCAAGGUGGCCGAGCUUCUGAAGCAGUUCAAUCAUCAGAACCGGAUGCUGUUGCUUGGUGUUGAUGAUAUGGAUAUCUUCAAAGGCAUUAGCUUGAAGCUUUUGGCGUUUGAGCAGCUGCUGAUGCAGCAUCCAGAGUGGCGGGGAAGGGUGGUGCUGGUUCAGAUUGCCAAUCCGGCAAGGGGGAAGGGAAAGGAUGUGAAAGAGGUACAGGAAGAGAGCGAUGCAAUGGUAAAGCGCAUCAAUGAUGCAUUCGGGCAGCCAGAUUACCAGCCCGUUAUACUGAUCGAUAAGCCACUACAAUUCUAUGAGAGGAUGGCAUACUAUGUUGUUGCCGAGUGCUGCUUAGUUACUGCAGUGAGAGAUGGCAUGAAUCUUAUCCCGUAUGAGUACAUUAUUGCUCGACAAGGGAAUGAGAUGAUCGACAGGAUCCUAGGUCUUGGCCCGUCUUCAAGGAAGAAGAGCAUGCUUGUUGUCUCAGAGUUCAUUGGCUGCUCGCCCUCCCUAAGUGGCGCGAUCAGGGUGAACCCUUGGAACAUUGAUUCAGUGGCGGAUGCGAUGGACUCAGCAUUGGAGAUGCCUGAAGGGGAGAAGGUCUUGAGACACGAGAAGCAUCACAGAUAUGUGAGCACACAUGAUGUCGGGUACUGGGCGAACAGCUUCCUGCAAGAUCUUGAGCGUACUUGCCUCGACCACAACAGGAGGCGUUGCUGGGGCAUAGGAUUCGGGCUAAAGUUUAGGGUUGUAGCCCUCGACCCAAACUUCAAGAAGCUUGCAGUUGAGCACUUGGUCUCAGCCUACCGGAGGACAACAAAGCGCAUCAUUCUCUUGGACUAUGAUGGGACGCUGAUGCCUCAGACUUCGUUUGGUAAGAGUCCUACCUCGAAGACGAUAGAUAUGUUGAACAGCCUUUGCCGUGAUAAGAACAACAUGGUCUUCCUUGUGAGCACAAAGAGUCGGACGACUUUAAACGAGUGGUUCUCACUAUGUGAGAAUUUGGGACUAGCAGCAGAACAUGGCUACUUUCUCAGGCUGAGAAGAGAUGCAGAAUGGGAGACAUGUGUCCCGGUGAUAGACUGCAGCUGGAAGCAAAUUGCAGAGCCUGUGAUGAAGACCUACACGGAGACGACGGACGGGUCAACAAUUGAGGACAAGGAGACUGCAAUUGUUUGGAGCUAUGAGGAUGCUGAUCCAGAUUUCGGCUCUUGCCAGGCCAAGGAGCUCCACGACCAUCUGGAGAGUGUCCUCUCAAACGAGCCGGUCUCAGUGAAAGCUGGCCUUAACCAUGUUGAGGUAAAGCCACAGGGCGUGAGCAAGGGCCUGGUGGCGAAGCGGAUCCUGUCGACCAUGCAGGAGCGCGGUGACCUUCCUGACUUCAUCCUGUGCGUGGGCGACGACCGGUCCGAUGAGGACAUGUUCGAGGUGAUCAUGGUGGCAGCGGCGCGGGGCCCUUCCUCCCUGCACCCGGAGGCGGAGGUGUUCGCGUGCACGGUGGGGCGCAAGCCCAGCAAGGCCAAGUACUACCUGGACGACCCCGCAGACAUCGUGCGCCUCGUCCAGGGCCUCGCCAACGUCUCCGACGACCAGGCGGCGCACCGCGACGCGGCCACUGCUGACACCAUCCCGAGGUGAACCACGCCGUUCCAACAAGUCAGCUCUAGGAAGGAUGAGAACCUUUCGGAAUGGAGCAUCGCUCGCUCGCUGGUCCAGAUGUACAUUGUUCUAGGAACGAACUCGAGGAACACGGUCCCGUAAGUGCGUGCUGUGCUUGCGUGCUGUGCUGCUCCGUCAGCCGGUGUGUACAUAAAACUCCUCCAGAUCAUCCCCACCGAUCGCGUCCAUUUCUCGUCAGGUUCCUGUCGCGCUCGGGCUCCCAAGAUCACCGACCCGUGCAGCCGUGCUGCGCUGUUCACACCGGUCGCGUAGUGGGGGCGAAAUGAUUUUCCAUCCCAUUCCCCUUGCAAAGGAUCAUGUUGUAGA